GGUGCGUUCAUUUAAAAGGUGGCGCCGGCACCGCACGGCGCCAGUCUUGGUUUUGUUCCUCGCGCGCUCCCACGACGACGAGCCAUGGCACGCGCGGCUACGGUGUUGGUGGUCUGCGCUGCGCUGCUGGCCGUCGCCACCGCCCUGCCUCGGCCGGACCCCCAGGGCUUCAACCCCGACUGCCAGGGCGGCGACUAUGACGGUGACUACGAUGACGGCGACGGCGGCGGCGGCGGCGGCGGGUACAUUGGCAACGGCCUCUACGGCACGGGCGACUCGGGCUACGCACAGGGGUACAACGCGUACUCCAGCUACAGCGGCUACGGCGCGGGCACCCAGGGCGGCUACGGCGGCGGCCAUGCCGACCCCUCGGGCAGGAGCGCGUCGUCCUUCGGGGUGGGCUUCGGUCGGUAGCUCGGACUUGGACUCGGACUCGGCGAGGAGGCGGGACAAGGCGCCCUAGGAAAACAGCGCGAGAGGAAACUGGUCCGGGAGUCACCAGGCUUGUCAGUCUGUCCGAGCACUGCGGUCAGUGAGGAUGGCACCCACUCUCGUGAAGAUGCUCCGCCGCCUGCUCGUGGUGGUGCUGUUCGUGCUCGUGAUGUACCUCACCGUGACCGACGCCAAGGGCGGCUACAGGGGCGGCUACAGGGGCGGCUACAGGGGCGGCUACGGCGGCUACGGCGGCUAUGGCGGCUACAGACCGCGCUACGGAGGCGGCUAUGGCUACGGCUACAAGUACAAGUACAAGGGCUAGCCGGCUAGUCCGCCGCUGCUCUGACGACCACCUGUCUUCUGCCAUCGAAUUCUUCUUUGUUUUGCGUGGGCGUGCAAUCGAAAUAAUAAACAUGCUUUGAAACGUUU